AUGCCACGGACCAAGCCUCGCCUCACGCGCGACAAGCUGGUCGCCAUCAUUGGCGACUUCUACACCUUGACUGGAUUUUACAUUCCUUCCGCAUCGCUAAAGCACCCGCCUCCAGAAGGCUGGGCCAAUAUUACCCCGGAUGCAACGAAGGGUUUCGAUAAGUCGCCAAUUGUGAGCGACGUCGUGGACUACUCUGUUUUUUCGCCAGAGGACUUUGCAAAUGGGCGGGGUCACCUUGGAGAGUGCGGACUGAGACAUUGGGUCAGGGAGAUGGAGGAGUGCAAAAUGACCAGUGGAGAAGAGAAUGUUGUUGAAGAUGAGAAGAAUGAUUCUGACGACGAUGAAGAUGACCGAGAUGGGGGCGAAGAGGACGGCGAUACCGGCGAUGACGAAGACUGCGGUGGACGCGACAUCGUACUUGAUGUCUUCAAGGGUGUGAUACAUGAGGACGUCAUAAGAUGUAACCUGAUAAGUGGCGUGGAGGUGAGCCAAUUCUUCGAAGACCUACGGGAGAAAUACGAGAGGCUGGAAAUGGUACCUAUUCGUGGCGAAAUGUUCGAGGAUGUGUCCGACGUUGACGAUUCCGAAGCGAGUCAUCAGCCGAGAGCAGAAGGAGAGCCUGGGAUUUUUGAUGACAACGAUGCGCAGCAGUUCAAGAAAAUCUAUCGGAGUUACGGAUGGCCUGGCGAGGCGUAUAGGAAAGAAGAAGCUUUGGCUGCCAUCGAAGAAUAUAGACGGCGAAGAAUCUAA